UACUUUAUUUGUUCAACUACGAAACUGAAGGUUUGAGUAAAAACAUGGCGCUGCCCAUGCGUUUGCCGCAGAGUUUACGGUUGUGCCUGCUUCGAGACACUUGUUUGACGACCCUUGGGUCGCGACGCCGCCCAACAUCGUUCCUCAGAACAGCGUUUAGCAGACACUACGCUGCCAGAAAAGUGCUAAAGCCGCCCUCGGGAAUCGCGGAACCCAGCACGGACGAAAGGCCGUACAUCAAUGUAGGUACCAUUGGUCAUAUCGACCAUGGUAAAACGACGCUUACUUCGGCUAUAACUCGUGCUUUAUAUGAUGAGGGGCUCGCAUCCUUCAUUAAGUACGACGAAAUCGACCGCGCUCCCGAGGAGAAGUUGCGAGGGAUCACAAUCAAUGCGACGCACAUACAGUACAGUACGCGCGCGUAUCACUACGCUCACACAGACUGCCCGGGGCACGCCGAUUUCAUCAAAAACAUGAUCUGCGGCACUAGUCAGAUGGAUGGAGCCGUUGUCGUGGUUGCCGCCGACGAUGGCUGCAUGCCGCAAACUCGGGAACACCUCUUUGUUUGCAAGCAACUGGGCGUGAAAAAAAUAGUAGGGUUUGUCAACAAGGCAGACAUCGUGGACCGGGACAUGCUCGAGCUCGUGGAACUCGAACUCCGCGACCUCUUUGAAGAGUACAAGUUCGAGGAUUCCGCCUCGUCGCCUGUGGUGAAGGGAUCGGCUCUGAAGGCCAUGGAAGGUGACGAAUCGGAGUACGGACUUCCAUCCGUGCGCAAGCUCCUCUCCGAAAUGGACAGUUACUUCAAACCGCCCAUGCGCGACGUGACGGGCCCCCUGCUCAUGCCUUUAGAGAACGCCAUCAGCGUGCGCGGAAGAGGCACCGUAGUCGUGGGAACAGUGUUGAGAGGAACCAUGCGCAAGAACCAACAAGUCGAACUCGUUGGCUUCGACGAGACUCUGCACACGGUGGUCACGGAAAUACAGCGUUUCAACAAGCCCAUUGACAUCUGCCAAGCGGGCGACCACGUAGGUUGCCUUCUCCGUGGUGUCAAGGUUCAAGACGUUCAACGUGGAAUGACCCUGGUUUCUCCAGGAACAGCGACCUUGGGAAACCGCUUUGCAGCGCAGCUCUACCUGUUGUCAAAGAAGGAAGGUGGCAGGUCAAAGCCCAUAUCAAAGAAGUACAUUAUGCCUAUGUACUGUGGUACCUGGACGAUGCCUUGUCGGGUGGAUGUGGCUAGAGACAGUAUGCUCAUGCCGGGGGAGUUUGCCGAAGUGGAGCUUACGUUGCCGAGGAAGAUGCUUAUGGUUCCAGGCCAGAGCUUUUCAAUCCGUGAGGAGAAGCAUACUGUUGCAACCGGUAUCAUAAGCACGAUCCUUCCAAGUGUUAUAGCCACUACAGCUCAGGUUGGCAAGAUAGACCUUGGUAACAUAGAAGCACAGAAGGCUUCGUAAAACUGUUAAAGGUGCCAUCACCAGUGUUAAACAUUAGAAAAAUAAUGAAUAGUGUAACAUACAAAAUGUUUGUCAUCCUCACUCUGUUCAUUGCAUCAUUAUGAAUUAGUUGAACACUUAUUGUUACAGCCAGUUGUGGCACAGAAUAUUGUAACUGAGAGGAAAUAAAAAACUAAGUACUACUCUCCUUA